CAGACCUGUUCCAAACUACAGAUGACUGUAGCCUAUUUGAUAGGUCAUAUACAAACAUUUGUCUCCAUAUCUGCAUAAGGAUGAUUUGCAAGGGCGAGUUGGAAACCAGAGGAAAUCAGCGUGACGAUUGCGGUAGGCUACUAUAGUUUCAGGUGACUGAGAGAACAGGUUAUUCGUUGAGUUGUCGCUGCGAGUUCUCAGUCGAGAAUGCAAAAUAUGUUAAUCAUAGUAACAAUGGUCGCAUUUAGCGAUAUUAUUCUUCUGUGGGCAGCCCUCUGUCUUCCAGAGUACGCACAGGGAACCAAUGUUACUGCGUGGCAGGUGCCAAACUUGACUGUUACCCAGAACACAAAUGCAAGCAUCACCUGCCAUUUUUGUGCUCCAGAAAUCCAUUUUAACAAUAUAUGGAGUGGGUAUGUGCAAUGGGAAAAACAAAACAAGCCCUAUUUAACCGAGGAGAAGAAAUAUAUUAACCAGUCAAAUAAUUCACGUGUUUUACCUCUUUACUCAUUACAACUGAAUGACAGUGGGUGGUAUAGGUGUAAUGUGUUCUUCAUUACCCCAAAGCUCUUGCAUGUAUCUGCAAACGGAACCCAUCUCACAGUGGUUGAUGAACCUGAGAUUCUGCCAGUGAAUGUAGGCCUAUGGCUUUCAGUUGGUGGUGUGCUCGUUGUUCUGCUCAUUGGAGGAAUUGCUCUGGUCUUCAGAAGAUUUAAAAGAGAUGACCAGCACAAAGAGGAAAGAACAGAAAAUGUCCCACAAGAUGUCCUUCUAGAAUCAGCAUCCCAGGACACAGAGGAAAUUACAUAUGCUUCGAUAAACAAGCAAAGCUUUAACUGUAGAGAAAAUAAACAGAAAAUUCCAGAACAAGAAAGGAUGGCAAACAGAACAAACGGCCCAGAUUCCACUGUGGAGGAGUCAGUGCUCUAUUCUCCCAUACGCAUAAAGACUAGAUGAAACAUGAACACAUGGACAUGUAGUAAAUGUCUAGUAGCUUAACUAGACACAAAUCAUUCUAGAUUUAUGAGUGUGCGCACAUCUGCCUGAUGGACCGACAGACAUUACUGUGGGAGCUGUAGGUGGGCGCCAGACUGCUGCAUGCAAAGGUGGUCAUCUUUCAAAAACCCACACGUGUGACAAGUGCCAAACCACAAGUGAGUUGUUGCAUGCAAGUACAUGGGCAUGCAUGCCUAUGGACAGCUUUGUUUUUGUUCAUCUUCCCUGUUCUCAUCAAUGUUUAGCAUAUUAAAUGAUGAGCAGACUGAUGCUGAUGAACAGACUGUGAACAGGCUUGUGUAGUUCAUCGCAGCAAUGACAGAGAGGUGUGAUUUUUAAAAAAAAAUUAGCCCUCCAGCCUUCAGAGGAGAUUGUUAUCUGUAAGUCCUUCAGUGGAGAGUUUACAGCAAUUCUCAGUUAAUCAUGCAACACAUUGUUUUUUUCAAGGACGUUUGUAAACAUUUAAUGUCAGAAUCUGCCCAAGAGGCAUAUAAAUGUCAUGGUGGCACAUGGAUGUAUUGGGAAUUUCCAGCUGUCUGAAAGGAUAUUGUGUUAUACCUGAAACUGUCGCUGAUAGUCUUCCGUCAGAGGGUUCCAUCAGACGGUUGACUCAUGACUGAUUUCACACGUCUUAAAUGUCAUUCAAAUG